GGGGGGGCGGGCUCCCAGAAUCAGCCUCCUGGAACCAUCCUGAACCUCGAGGACGAAAAUGGCGGCUAGGAUGAGACACCUGCUGCUCACUGCUGUAGUCACCCUCUCCAUGGGUUCUGUGGUACGCUCUGAUCACUCUGACUGCGUGAUUAAAAGGGAACAUGAGAAGUGCAUGGAGAAGAUGGCAAGAGAGGAGACUUCUGAAGACCUCAGGCUGGACUGUCCAUGGAUGUGGGAUAAUCUGACGUGUUGGCAGGCCGCAGCGGUUGGAGAGGUCGUGGUGGUGAAUUGUCCAGAGCUGUUUGAGUUCAUGAGCCCUGAUGAUGAGCUGGGGAAGAUCAGCAGGAACUGCACGGAGGACGGCUGGUCUGAACCAUUCCCCCACUACAUGGAUGCCUGCCUGUUUGACGAGAACACCACCCGGCCUGACAUGUUCUUUGCGUCGGUCAAGGCCCUCUACACUGUAGGCUACAGUACCUCGCUGGUGUCCCUUACAACCGCCAUGGUCAUCCUCUGCAGGUUCAGGAAACUGCACUGCACCAGAAAUUUUAUCCACAUGAACCUGUUUGUGUCUUUCAUUCUGCGAGCCAUAUCCGUGUUCAUCAAGGAUGGCGUGCUGUACGCAGAGGAGGACAGUAACCACUGCUUCGUGCACCCUGUGGCUUGCAAGGCUGUGAUGGUGUUCUUCCACUACUGCGUCAUGUCCAACUACUUCUGGCUGUUUAUCGAGGGACUAUACCUCUUCACCCUGCUGGUGGAGACAUUCUUCCCUGAGAGGAGAUAUUUCUACUGGUACACACUGAUUGGAUGGGGAACUCCCACCGUUUGUGUUACCAUAUGGGCUGGGCUCAGACUUCACUUUGACGACACGGGCUGCUGGGACAUGAAUGACAACACUGCCCUCUGGUGGGUGAUCAAGGGACCUGUGGUAGCAUCAAUCAUGAUUAAUUUUGUCCUCUUUAUCGGAAUUAUAAUAAUCCUGGUUCAAAAGCUGCAGUCACCAGAUAUCGGAGGCAACGAGUCCAGCAUCUAUCUCAGCUGCGUACAGAAAUGCCUCUGUCAGGCCGCGCACGACACCCAUCAGUCGCGCAAGAUGUCACAGCUAUCCGCCAUCACGCUGAGGCUGGCCCGCUCCACCCUGCUCCUCAUCCCACUGUUUGGUAUCCACUACACCGUCUUCGCCUUUUCCCCAGAGGACGUCAGCAAACGAGAGAGGCUAGUGUUCGAACUGGGCCUUGGAUCCUUCCAGGGCUUCGUGGUGGCAGUCCUGUACUGUUUCUUAAAUGGAGAGUUUCUGCCUAAAGGUGCAAUCGGAGAUCAAGAGGAAAUGGAGGAGCUGGACGGUGAACCGGUACUUUGCUGUGGACCUGAAGCAGAGGCAGCCGUCGCUGGCGAGCAGUGGGGUCAACGGGGGGACGCAGCUGUCCAUCCUGAGCAAGAGCAGCUCGCAGAUCCGCAUGUCCAGCCUGCAGGCGGAGACGCUCAACCUCAAUCUGCCCACCUGAGCGCCUGAGGGGUCCCGCCUCCUGCUGAAGGCCCCACCCCCUUCCCCCGCCUCACCCUCCCAGAUGAUUCGCUCGGGUCAGAAUCGAGACACGCCCACAUCCCACCCCCAAUAGUUAAUCCCCAUGUAAAAAAAUAUCACGUCACAUUCCUUGCAUUGUCUGGGGGGCGGUGAUGUCGUCACAUUGAAAUAAGUGACAAAAUGCAGGCAAAAAAAAUGUGCAUGACUCAGCCGGUUCUGGCUCCUCAAUUGGCUGAAAUCGGAGCUGGACCCUUGCGCCCUUUAAGCGAUAUGGUUGGCUGAGUGGCGUGAAUAUUGCGGUACAUAAGCAGGUCUCUGUGUUGGAGCGGCUUUCUGCUUGUACAUAUCCUGGUCCAUUUGCAACAGUCACAUUCAGCCCUGGCUUGGUUACAUCCGGCCUGUGAGUGUCUUCGAUUCUGGUCCCUUACCAGCUCUGGAGGGAGUUCCCAGACCUAAGUGGCAGUGUGUGACGUGGCCACCUGGUGGCCUUCAGACACUCUGAUAUACGGUUGCUCACUGCAAGAGAUAAGAGAAUUCAGAGAUGGGAACAUUAGAUUUCACGUGCCCUGUGUCCUGUUCUCCCCUGUCACUGUCCCCUGUUACUGCCAUGUUACUGGCCCUGAUCACUAUCCCCUUUCACUGUCCCCUGUCACUGUCCCAUGUUACUGCCAUGUUACUGGCCCCGAUCACUAUCCCCUUUCACUGUCCCCUGUCACUGUCCCCUGUUACUGCCAUGUUACUGGCCCCUAUCACUAUCCCCUUUCACUGUCCCCUGUCACUGUCCCCUUUUACUGCCAUGUUACUGGCCCCGAUCACUAUCCCCUUUCACUGUCCCCUGUCAUUGUCCCCUUUCGCUGCCAUGUUACUGGCCCCAUUCACUGUCCCCUUUUACUGCCAUGUUACUGGUCCCGAUCACUGUCCCCUUUCACUGCCCCCUUUCACUGCCCUGUCACUGGCCCCAUUCACUGUCCAUUUUUGUUGCCAUGUUAUUGGCCCCUUUCAUUGUCCCCUGUCACUGUCCCCUUUUGUUGCCAUGUUACUGGCCCUAUUCACUAUCUUCUGUCACUGUCCCCAUUCACUAUCCCCUGUUCCCUUUGAUUGUCCACUGCCACUGUCCCCUUUCACUGUCUCUUGUCACUGUCCCCUUUCAUUUUCCCCUGUCACUCUUCCUUUUCAUUGUCCCCUGUCACUGUCCCCUUUUACUGCCCUGUCACUGUCUCCUGUCAAGGUCUCUGGUCACUGUCCCCUUUCAUCGUUCCAUGCCACUGUCCCCUUUUACUGCUCUGUCACUCUCUCCUUCCAUUAUUCCCUGACACUGUCCCCUUUUACUAAUUUGUCACUGUCUCCUUUCACUAUAUCCUGUAACUGUCCCCUGUCACUAUCCGCUUUCACUUUCCCAUUCCAGUGUCCCCUCUCACUGCCCUGUCUCUGUCCCCUAUUCCCUGUAACUGUCCCCUCUCAAUGUCCCUUUGCUGUGCUCCUGAAUAGCCCAACAGGUUAACAAUCACCAUGCAGGUAAAGGAAAAUUAGAAAUUUGAGUUGAUUGCCAGAUAGAGUGUCAGAUUGUCUGUCAAAAUACAAUUUAAAUAAUGAAGCUUUGCUAAGAGUGAGGACAGCAACUAAAACAUGACUUUUUUUCUCAUGUAAAUAUAUCCUGUAUUUUUGGAGUGUUCAGUGUUCACACACAAACAGUUGAAAAGGAGUUAUCUCAGUGAGCCGUGCAUAAAUCUGUCUGUAUACACUUUUUUCUUUUUUAAGAAUUAAUUUUUCAAAAGUAUCCGUAUGUUAACGUGGUUAUUGUGGUGUGCUAAAUUUAAAUAAGAAAAGUACAAACUGGAGUCCAAAUCUGUAGAGUCCAUUUAACAUCUGUAGAAUAUAAAUAAAUAGAGUAUAUAAGCAGAUACUUUAAAUAUAUUUAAAAUAUCUGUAUAUAUACUUUAUGAAAAUCCAUAAUUUCUGAGAAGUUGUAGAGCCAUGUGGAUAUUCCUGAAGUUGCCUCAUAUGAUAUUAAACCAAGAUGAGCUGAAAUUAGGUUACUGUAAUCUGGGUCAGGUGAUCUGUGUUGACGCGCUUUCUGCCAUCAGCCUAUCAGCUUAUUCUGCCUGCAAACUGAAAGUGUUUAGCAGACCAAUCAGGCGUGAGAAAAAGCCAUGGUGAUGAAGUAUUCCAAAGACGAAUAUUUUACUUCAUAGGACUCUGAGCUCGCUUGUGCAAAACCUUACAGCUGAUGUCAAUGCUGGGUGUUUCUUUGAUCAAAUUUUCAUUAAUUGUGGUUUCUCUUAAGUUCCCUAAGUGCCUUUUGGUCACUGUAAGAGCGCCAAUGUUCAGUAUUGAAAUUUAAAUUUUUUCCAAAAGAAAUACCAUUUGUUGGUCGAACAACAUUUAAUAGACAUGGUUUUUUAAUGCAUUAUCCACAAUAUUGGACUUUUAAUUUUAAACACAAAGAAACAAGAGAGAAGUAUGUAAUGCAGUGUUGACAUUAUGGCAGUGUGUGUCUCUGUUUAACCUUGUGACCUAACUGGUAUUAUUUUGUUACUCCUGUGGUUACUAUGGGUGGUAAUGUCUGAGUAAUUAUUACAGUUAUUGUUAGUAAUAGUGUUCUGUUUGGUAGUGUAGUAGUCGUUUACCCUUCCUUGUUGCCUGUGGCAACCAUCGGCAUGUGCACAUUACUGAAACGGUCUAAUAACGAAUUCAGUUCAAACGAAACCAUUAAGAUGCCUCAGUCUCUAUUUCAGGAACCCCCCCCCCCCCCCCC